AUGGGCAGCGUCGCGGCCGACGUCCUCCGCGCGCCGAGCUUGCUCCAACGCAUCUGCGCCUUCCACAUGCACGCAUCCGCAGCGCCGCAGGACCUCCCGCUGCGCUGCUGGAGCGUCCGCUUGCGCAGCGCCGACACGUACGCGUACGACGACAACGACGACGACGACGACGACGACCAUGCACGCGACCGCCGGCGCUUCACCACGUGGUUCACAACCCACGGCCUGAACGGCCUCCCGUCGCUCUGCGUGCCACACCUCUUUGCGUAUGCGACUGCUUGCGGUGAUGCCAUUGUCCUUCAGUGGCUCAUCGACCGCGAGCUCGUGACGUGGACGAGAGAGCUUCUCGUGCUCGACGCCCGCGGCUGUCCGACGUGUCCGCGGGCCGUCGAGGAUCUUGGUCCGGCCAUGAAGAUGCGCAGUCGCAACGUGGUCGCUCGGGCAGCCGCCAAGGGCCAACGCCAGUGUCUGUUCAAACUUCUUGCCAUGGGGUUGACCACCAACGAGAUUUGGAAGGCGGUGUGCGCGGGCGGCCAUGUUGACGUCGCCGAGUACGUCGUGAGCUCCAAGCAACUCGAUGUGUGGGACGAUGUCUAUAUCAACGUCGCCGCAGCGAACGGCCAUUUUGAGCUACUGCGCUUCCUUGGCCGACGCCGCCCCAGUGGUAUUAAUCGGGAAACCAUCGCGCUCGCCAUCACGCACAACCAGCUGGGUACUCUUCUAGAGCUCUUCGGCCUUGGUCCGUCGCCAGACCUCUUAAUGGAGCAUGCGCUCCAAGAAUCUGUUAAGCAUCGCCGUCUUGACAUUCUGCGCUGGCUCUGCACGCAGCGCGACGCCCGGGCGUUCUUCAAGGCGACGCGGGCCAUGGCCAUCUACCACUGCGCGCCUAUCGACAUCAUCCACUGCUUGAGUGACGCGUGGAGCCGACACGUGGCGAUGCAGCGAAUCCGGUUGGUGUUUCAGUCCAAGCGCCUCGUGACGAGCAUUGCAUCCUACCAAGACGGCGUGGAUGGCGCCACGCUCGCCAUAAACCAUCGCUGCAAGCAUUUUCGGAUCUACUGCGCGAGCAACCGUGCAAUGCCUUCCAAACUGGACUAUGCGAUGUACGACGCGGCCUUUCGCGUGUGGUUCGCUCGCCACGGCGUCGCCAAGCUCGGCGAUCUCUGCCGGCCACACCUCUUUGCGUACGCGGUCUCGUAUGGCAACGUGGCGAUUCUGAACUGGCUCAAACCGAAAAGCGAGGCAAAGGUCCGCAUCGCGUACUUCCACGUGGUGCGGGACGCCGCUGCGGUGUCUCAUCUCGAGCUCCUCCAAUUUCUGCUCAACCUCGGCUUCGAGAUGGGUCCCGCAUGGCGUCAUGCGAGCAAGUAUGGUCAGCUCCACGUUGUGCAGUUCCUGCAUGAGAAGGCGCGCGCCGCGUGUGGUCCUGAGGACCUUGACAGCGCGGCCGAGAAGGGCCACCUCAACGUGAUUCGGUUCUUUCACGAGCACGACUAUGACGGCUUUGACAAGAACACGAUCGCGUUGGCUGUCGCGAGUGGCAAUUUGGACCUCGUUCAGUUUCUCUUGGCACACCGAAAAGAAAGCACGCCUUCCAAAGCCAUGCUGGCCGCGGCCGACAAGGACCAACUCGACAUCCUUCGCUGGUUGUGCGGCCAACCGCGCGCGUCGCGCUAUCUCGAGGCGACGUUGCAGCAAGCGACGACGAGUGCAAGCCGCCAGUGCAUCGAGUACCUCGCGACACUGCCACGCACGGCCAAGCCUACCGCCGACGAGGGCCCGCUCAAGCGCAAGGCCGCCGCCGUGUUGCUCUAA